AUGGCAUCGAGGUUCGCUAAACGAAGCCAUACUGUGUCCAGCCCAGUCUAUGCACCCUUCUUCAGCUCCAUCGGCUGCGUCGCCGCCAUCGUCUUCACCUCGUUCGGCGCCAGCUACGGCACCGCAAAGUCCAGCAUCGGAGCUUUCUCUGCCGGCGUCUUGCGUCCUGACUUGGGCGUCUACAUGCUCUUGCCCACAGUCUUCUCAGGCAUUCUGGCAAUCUACGGUCUGAUCGCCAGCGUGAUCAUCUCUAACCACAUUCGAGUGCAGCUCUCCCUGUACACGGCGCUGGUCAACCUUGGCACGGGCCUGGCAGUCGGGCUGUGCGGGCUUGCUGCCGGCUUCACGUUGGGCAUCGCUGGUGAUGCGGGUGUGCGAAGUCUGGCGCAGCAGCCGCGGAUGUUCGUCAGCAUGGUGCUGAUCUUAAUCUUUGGGGAAGUGCUUGGUGAGCGAGAUGGUAACUUUCGACGAAGUUGCCUCGCUGACGUCCACGCUAGGCUUGUACGGAUUGAUCGUGGCCCUGAUCUUGGAUACUCGAGCCAAAGAAGGAGAAGGGAAAUGUCCAAGUCCUUGGUGAGACCAGAAGGUGGAGGAUCAGAGACGAUGCGGAUUCGGGAUGGUCCAGUCAUAAGCUUGGAUGAUAAGCCGUUUGAGUAG